GUGACCCAGUAUAUAUAAACAUACCUAUACAAAGCUGUUUCAUUCAAAGUACGAAAGCAGAAGAAAACAGAUUUAUUCUAUCACGUAAAAGUGUAAAAACAAAUAUGAAGUCAAGAAGAAGAGCACAAGAGGCAGGAUCAAUGCUUCUAAAAUAUAUUCAACCAUCCUCUGUAUCUAGAAACAACAAGAACUGGUUUCAUUCUGCAGUAAAUACUGAACCUAAAGUAGAAUUACAUACUGGAGCUGCUGUAGUGGAUAAUUUAAGAAAUUCUGACGGGAAAGGUAUUGCUGAGACAGUGUUUAACCUCUACAAGAACCAAGAAACUCACAUGAUGAAUAUGAGUGAGAUAUUUACAGUUAUUGAAAAAUCAGGGAUCAGAAGAUCUGAUCCUAGACUCGCAACUUUCUUGUCUAAACUUUCUAUUCUUCAUGAACAUCUAGGAGAAAAAAACACUACACUUAGCAACUUGCAUGUUGAUGAAACCACAUUUUGUCAACUAACCGAAGAUAACCUUGUUUUAUUAAAUCAGAUUGUCAGGAAUGAUAUCAUUAUUCCUGACUGGAAAUCCUUCACUAAUCAGAUUACUGAGAUGUUUAAUAGAUGCAAAGACAAUCAAGAAGGAGAGGUCGCUUCUUAUAUACCACAGCUGUCACGUUACAACCCAGACCUCUGGGGAAUGUCAAUCUGUACAAUUGACGGUCAGCGCUUCUCAUUGGGAGAUGUUAAUGAGAAAUUUACUCUUCAGUCCUGCGUCAAACCAUUUACAUAUGCAAUCUGUCUGAGUGAGCUUGGGAAUGAAGGUGUGCAUAAGUAUAUUGGUCAGGAACCAUCAGGUAGAAACUUUAAUGAUCUGUCCUUGGAUACAUCAAACAAACCACAUAAUCCAAUGCUGAAUGCUGGAGCCAUGAUGUCAUGUGCAUUAAUUCUCAAAAAGAUAUUUCCUUGUCUUGGUUUAGCAGAGAAAUAUGAUUUUCUGUUGAAUUAUUUGAAAAGAAUAGCAGGUGGAGAAUUCAUUGGGUUCAACAAUUCUGUAUUUCUAUCUGAACGUGAGAAUGCAUACAGAAACUUUGCUAUGGCUUACUACAUGCAGGAGAAUAAAUGUUUUCCAGAAGGAACAGAUAUCCAUGAUUGUUUAGACUUAUACUUCCAGUCCUGCAGUUUAGAGGUUACUUCAGAAUCCUUAUCUGUAUUAGGAGCUACUUUAGCUAAUGGUGGAAUUUGUCCUAUUACAGGGGAAAAUGUUCUAAAUGCCUCUUCUGUUAGAGAUACUCUUAGUCUUAUGUACAGCUGUGGUAUGUACAAUUACAGCGGACAGUUUGCGUUUAAAGUUGGACUUCCUGCAAAGUCUGGUGUAAGUGGAUGCGUGUUACUUGUAAUCCCAAACUUGAUGGCAGUGGCUCUGUGGUCUCCACCAAUCGACAGUAUUGGAAAUUCAGAACGAGCAUUGCAAUUCUGUGAAGAGCUGGUUGAAGUUUACAGUUUUCAUAGAUUUGAAAACCUUAACAACCUAGUCUCUCAGAAAAUGGACCCAAGAAGACAAACUCAUGAGCUAAAAACUCUCAACACACUUACUCUUCUAUUCUCUGCAGUUGCUGGAGACGUUUCUUCCCUACACAGGCACUACCUUCAAGGAGUUGAUAUGACCAUCUGUGACUAUGAUGGAAGAACUGCAUUGCAUCUAGCUGCAGCUGAAGGCAGGAUGCAUGCUGUUAAGUUCCUGCUGGAGACAUGCAGAGUUCCCCCCAGUCCCCAGGACAGGUGGGGGCAUACACCUCAGGAGGAGGCCUUCAGGUUCGGACAUGAUGAAGUCGGAAGAUUCUUUGAUAAUUAUCUAAUCUGAGCUGGAAACUUUAUAAUGGUGGAUAUCGAGAUCAAUGCUUGAUCCUCUCUGUUUUCGAGACUAGCCUGAUCUUGCACUUGUAUCCUGAAAAGUGUACAAAAUUCAACCAAUAAGAGUGGCGUAUCAAAAGCCGGGAAAUUUGAAAUUUUGCGCGCCAUUUAGGAUUAAUAUACAAAAGCGAACUCUCUAAUUUUUAAAACCCGGUUUUUGAGUUUUUGUUCUUAAUCGGAGAUUAAGCAUUGGACUCGAUAUCCACGAUCCGAGAGUUUCCUUCUCUAACAAUUGAUUUGGACAAAUUUUCAAUAAAACAUAUAUUUUUUAAUAAAUAAAAAGUUAAUGAAAUAAAUAUUAU